AGUUCAUUCGUAGUCUGCUUCUUUCGUUCGUUUGGGCCGUGUUCUACCGCAAGUGCAAAUAAAUUCAGUGAAUAUCAACUCUUAUCAUAAUCAACACAAAUGGAUACGUACAAAAUGAAGAUGUGCCAGGAUACUACCAACAAUAACACCAAUUUGGUUGAUGUGAUUCCACCGCAUUACAAUCACCUUCCAAGUCCGCCGCAAUCACCGGACGCUAAUCAACAUUCAAAUUCAAUCGAUAUGCAACAAAAUGAGCAAAAUAUGCGCAGAUAUCGCACAGCAUUCACCCGCGAUCAGUUGGCUCGCUUGGAAAAAGAGUUCUUGAAAGAAAAUUACGUGUCGCGUCCAAGACGCUGUGAGCUCGCCGCGCAGCUGGGUCUUCCGGAAAGCACAAUUAAGGUGUGGUUUCAAAACCGUCGCAUGAAGGACAAACGUCAAAGGAUGGCAAUCGCAUGGCCUUAUGCUGCUGUUUACUCUGAUCCAGCUUUCGCUGCUUCCCUGUUACAAGCCGCUGCAUCUACGUUGAAUUAUCCAUCACCAACACCGGCGCCUACCCCUGCAUAUACUAAUAUGCAUAGUUAUUCACGUUUUCAUCCGUAUUCGCCGUAUGGUGUUGGUAUGGGUUCUGGAAUGCAUCAUUCGAUGAUGCAUGCAAUGCCUGCUGCUACUCAGCUUAGUCAACUACCACAAAUGCAGCAAAUGCAACAACUGCCACAAUUGCCAAUGCAUCCGCAGACUAUUCCAGGAUUACACAUGGCGUUUGAUUUUCCUUACGCUGCGCCUACUAAAUACCCGGAGAUGAGCGCGAGAGUUUCACCUAACUCACCGAUUAGCAGCUCUGAUAGCAGCUUGAGUCCGUCGCCUUCGGAUGGUUUACUUAUGCCUGUGCCUUUGAAUGUUUCACCGCCGCCGACUUUUGUUCCUACUGUGCUUCCGCAAACACAAAUCAAGGGGAUAAAGAACCGAAAUUAUUCAAGCCUUACACGUCUGAUGUUUAAAUCAAUAAGUUCACGCUCAAGUUUAAAAACUUUAGAUUAAUUAGUCAAGUUAUUUAUUGACAUUUACGAAAAUUGUGAUUUUGAAUUAGGAUUAAUUUUCUAUUGUGACAUACCUACAUACCUACUUAAUG